CACUGGCCACGCCCUCUUCCAGUCAGUCAGGCCGAGGGCCUUGCUCAGCCCUCUACACCGCCACGCCCACCCGCCACACCCUCUUUUAGUCCGGCUGGCCGCUGGUCCCGCCCACCUCCCGACACUGCCCCGCCCCACCGGGCGGUCCUCGCUUCUUCGCCGAGGGCCCUCGCCUCAGCCUACGCUUCGCCUCCCGGCCCGGGAGUCUCUGUGCGGGCUGCGAAGCUCCCGCGACCCAGAAGCACUCGGGCGCGGGCGGAGCGGCGGGGCUGUGUAGCUGCGCCAUGGCCGCGUCGGCGUGGUGCUGCCUGCGCUGCUGCAGGGACGGCGGAACUGGCCACAUUCCUCUCAAGGAGAUGCCCGCCGUACAGUUGGACACGCAGCACAUGGGAACAGAUGUUGUCAUUGUGAAAAACGGAAGAAGAAUCUGUGGCACUGGAGGUUGUUUAGCUAGCGCACCCUUACAUCAGAACAAAAGCUACUUUGAGUUCAAAAUCCAGUCUACCGGAAUCUGGGGUAUAGGUGUUGCAACUCAGAAAGUUAACUUGAACCAGAUUCCUCUUGGCCGUGACAUGCAUAGCCUGGUGAUGAGAAAUGAUGGAGCCCUGUACCACAACAACGAAGAGAAAAACAGACUGCCAGCAAACAGCCUUCCUCAGGAGGGAGAUGUAGUGGGUAUAACAUAUGACCAUGUAGAAUUAAAUGUAUAUUUGAAUGGGAAAAACAUGCAUUGUCCAGCAUCAGGUAUACGAGGGACCGUGUAUCCAGUUGUGUAUGUUGACGACAGUGCAAUUUUGGAUUGCCAGUUCAGUGAAUUUUAUCAUACUCCUCCACCUGGUUUUGAAAAAAUACUAUUUGAGCAGCAGAUCUUCUGAAUGAGUUUGUUUUCAAAACUUAGACUUCUGCACCAUCACACAGUGCUUACCACUUGAUAAAGCUCUCCUUGAUCUAGAGACAAGAACACAUGCUUCUUAUUAUUGUCUAAGGAACCCAUAUAUCCAUUAUACCAUACUGAGGUUUGAUUUAAAAGAUCUAGGCAAUUUAUUUAAUCUUAUUUAAACAAAUAAACCAUGGGUUUGAUUAACAGUAUUACGUGGUAACAUGUAUAUAAAUAUUUAAAGGGAAUUUUUCUUAUAAAAAGUAUUUGUUUGACAGUGAUGUGUAAUUGAGUGAUUUUUUUUUUUUUUUGUCAUCCUGAACUUGAGUCACCAUGGCCUGUAAUCCAAUAAUUUUGUGUCUCCUUGUCCUCUUUGAUAAAAUGAAAUGGCAGAAAUUUACAUACCUGGCAGCUUAGUUUUGCUGAUACAUUCUUUCUGUUCAUGGACUACUUUUCUUAAAACUGAAAGUGCUUCUUCUGCUGUGUUGUUUCCCUGCUUUCUGUUGCCUUUUGAAAACUGAAAAAGUUAUCAGACUGUCUGUUGAAGACCAUCAAGAUGCGAAAGUGGUGAUUGCACGCAGUGCCUGGCCAACAUCUGCAGGAGUUAGGAUGCUUUAAUAUAAAUAAGCCAAUAAGCACACGCCUUCCCACUUGGAGACAAGGUCAGGUAGAUUUCUGUGAGUUUGAGGCUAGCCUAGUCUAUAUGGUGAGUAUUCUAAGUACCAGGACAACCAGGGCUGUGUAGGGAGAGCCUGUCAAAAAAAAAAAUCUAAUUGAUUGUUUGCUAUAAGGAAUAAUAAAGAUGUAUUAAGGAAUAUUCAGUAUUGUAUUUUAAAACAUUCUUCCUGUUUUGUUAAUUAUAUGGUAAUAAUUAUAGAAAUUUUGAAAUAAGUGAGUCCUGAUGAUUCUGAGCCUUUGAUCUUGAGUCUCUUAGUUAGCAGCCUGACUAAGCUAAUCAUAUCUUCAAACAGUCACAUUCUUUUCUCAAAUAAGCAGUCAGGAUGCAUCACAACAAGUUGUAUGGCAUGUAGGGCAAGGAAAACAUGACGCUAGAGUUUGGAGAACAGUUACCCAGUGUCCUUCUGUCCUCUGCCGAGUUUUCAGAGUUCACCUUAUACGAAGGGUAAUUGUACUGCUCUGCUGAGAGCCUGUGACUCGUCGACGGUGUGUAAAAUGCUCUAAUUAUCAGACACUUAAUAAACAUAGCCACCUUUGUUGUGAAA